AUUUGAAUGAUGUUGCAGUGCUCCGUGAGUUUCGUAACUCGCGCUCUUGGUAUAGUGUCACACUAGCAGGCAAACAGGUUCAAGGUCAUUUGCUUGCAUCAAGUCUCGACUAUUAAUUACAAGCUAUUUUUCUUGUUGAGUGUCUGUGUAGAGGUUGAAGUAAGAGGCCGUAGAAGCUGCGUCUGUCUCCGUCGUGUACUGUUUGUUCUUCUGAAAUAGAAUCCGUCCUUCACAAAGCAUUUCUUACAUUUACAAUGUCUGAGAACAGCACAUCCUCAACUCCGGUCAUCAACUUCGGAGCCGGUCCAGCCAAACUUCCAGAAGAGGUUCUGCAAGAAGUGCAGAGGGAAUUGCUCUAUUAUGGCACAACCAACAUAAGUGUCAUGGAGAUGAGUCACCGCUCUGCAGAUUAUGCUGUCAUUAAUGAUGGUACCCAACAGGCUGUUAGGGACCUUUUGAACAUUCCAGACAAUUACAAGAUCCUGUUCAUGCAGGGUGGAGGAACAGGCCUCUUUGCUGCUGUACCUUUGAACCUCAUGUCUGAGACUGGCUGUGCAGACUACAUAGUAACAGGGUCUUGGUCAGCAAAGGCAGCUAAGGAGGCAAUGAAGUAUGGCAAGGUAAAUAUGGUUGUGCCCAAGACUGACAGCUAUGUGGACAUUCCUGAACAAAAUACCUGGAUUCUCAAUCCUAAUGCAUCGUAUGUCUACUACUGUGCCAAUGAGACUGUUCAUGGUGUGGAAUUUCCUUUUAUCCCAGAUACUCAAGGUAUUCCCCUUGUGGCUGAUAUGUCUUCUAAUAUUUUGUCUCAGCCUUUGGAUGUUUCCAAGUUUGGAGUGAUCUUUGCUGGAGCCCAAAAAAACAUUGGUCCUGCUGGUGUAACAUUAGUGAUUGUACGAGAAGAUCUACUGGGAAAGGCAGCUGUCACUUGCCCUACUGUCCUAGACUUUACUGUCAUGGCAAAGGACAACUCUCUUCACAAUACACCUCCAACAUUCUUGAUAUAUGUCAUGGGACUAGUAUUCAAAUGGAUCAAGAGAAAUGGUGGAGCUGAAGGGAUGAAAAGAAUGGCAAAAGAGAAGAGUGGUAUCAUCUAUGAUCUUAUUUCUUCUUCAAACAAUUUCUACUAUUGCCCUGUGAAGAGUGCUGUUUGCAGUCGGAUGAACAUUCCAUUUCGUAUUGGUGGACCAAAUGGAAAUGAUGAUUUGGAGAAGGAAUUCCUUUCUGGGGCACAGAAAUUGGGAAUGUUGCAGCUCAAAGGUCACAGGUCAGUAGGUGGUAUACGAGCAUCAUUGUACAAUGCUAUAACAGUGGAUAAUACUAAGGCAUUAGCAGCAUAUAUGAAGGAAUUCUAUCAGACUCAUAAGAAAUAAAGCAGAAAAAAUCAUCUGUAUUCAUACAGAAACAUUUUUUAUGUUUUAAGAUACCUGAUCUUAAUAAUGAUCAACAGUGAAAAUAUUAUUAAUUUUUAGAGAGUAUAAAGUUACUCAUAACUCUUUUUCUUACUAGGAUUAUCCCAGGUGGAAAACACAGCACACUUUGUUCAUGGUUAUUCAAUUUAACUUUUUGGUUAGACUAGUACUGGUUACAAAAGUAUUAUAAACAAAUGUCUCAGACAUAAGUGAAUAUUUACAAAAUUCUGGCUAAUCAGAAUUAAGAUACAGUCAUUCAUACAUAACAAACAUGUAACCAUCAACACACACAAAAUUUUGGAUAAAAUGCCAUUACAUAAUUUUGAAAGAAAACAAAUGAUGAACAUAUUUAAGAUUGUAAGACUUGAGGUUCUCACACCAGUGAGUAUGAAGAUUUUUUUCAAAUAUGCUGUGUUACGUUAAGGUAGCAACAAACUUUUUUAGAUCAAUGUAAAAAUUCUAAUCAUCAAAAAAGAUUAAAGAAAAUUAAUUUUAAAUGCAUUAAGUGGCAGUGAGAAUGUUAUGUACAGUGAAGUUUAGUACUGUAUCUUGAAUAUUUUAAUACCUAAAUGAAUUUGAAACUUCAAGAAAAGACUGAGAAUAAUGUUCCCAUUGGAGUGAAUGAAACGUGACAUACAGUUCUCAGAUGUUACUUCUGUUUAAUACUGCAAAUACACAAUUUCCAACCAAGUGUUCCAGUGACAGAGUACAUUAUCUUAGGAAGUGUUUAGAGCAGCUUAUUGUGUGUUUGUGUGUAAUAAAAUAAACUUAGUAAGCAAAACUGAAUGAACCACAUGGCAUACUUUAUUAAUAAUCAUGUAAAAUCAGAACUCAGGCGACUAUCAUGAUAAGAACUGACAUAUAAACUUCACACAUUUUAGAAAAUGGGCAGAAACAAAACUUGUUCCCUCCCAAUCAACAGCAAGAUUCUUUUAUCAUUAUGGACAAUGCUAGUUAUCACUGUGUUCAGGCACACAAAAAACCUACUGUUGUGAAAGACAUAAUAAAAUGACUUUAAGACAACAGUGUUACUUUUGAGUAAAAUAUGCUUUAGGUGGAAUUACUUGAUUCAGUGGAAGAGGCGCUGAAUAAAAAAUGCUAUUGGACUGGCAAGAUGAUUGAAGCUCAGGGACAUGAUGUUCUCCACAUUCCCCAUACAACGUAGACCUGAACCCAACUAAAUGUGUGUAAUCUGAUGUAAGAGGUGAAGUCAUGAAAGAGCUGUCAAAUAACAGUACAAAAGAAAGUGAUGUGUAAAGAGCUACUUGCAAAAUACUCCACACAGAAGCAGAGAAACUGCUGUGAACAUUUGAAGAAAACCAAUCAUAUUGGCAGUCUAAUGAAAUGAUAGAAGAAAUGAAAGGAUCAUUAGGCCAUGAAAUGAUUUUGAUACCAGUGACAGUGUGGGAAACACCAAUUCUUGAGAAUCAGACUAGUGUAAACUGACUUUCCACCUUGUACUUUCUCCCACCUUUGUCACAUGAUGAUAGCUGCUGUAUAAGCAGCAGGUCUUUUUCUAAGUUGUACAACUAUUUAUGCACAUUAAAAGUAUAACAAUGUAUGCAUGAA